AUGACCCGCAGGAAAUUCAACAGCGAUUUGGCGCAUGCCUGUCAGCAGACUGUUGACCAGAUCUCUCAGGUCGCAAAGGGCGAUGACGAUGGCCAGGUUGUCCUCACAUUCUCACACGGCGCGAUCUCCUCACCUCUGGUCAUGCGCCUCAUCACCUUGAAUAUCGACGACUAUCCACAAAAUUCAGGGUUCUUGGCCUAUACAGAUGAUGAUUCCACUCCUCGGUCUAUAUCUGCUCUUCUCGACGAGCUUCCAAGCGCUACACAAAGCAAGACGGUGCUUGAGACCCUUACCUACUUAUCAAGGAAGUUGAGCACUGCUCUCGCUGCCGACGGAAAUGGCUCUGAUGUGGAGAUGACAGAUGAGAACGACGAGAAUGACGACGACGACGACGAAGAAACCGAAGGGGAGGACGAAUACGACUAUGACGACGACAUAAUGGACUUUGGCCUGGGAAAUGCCAACCCAGCUUACAUUCAACAAUCCGACGUUACCCAGGGAACUUGCGAAAUCACCAGACGUUUCAUCGACGAUCUUCGCAAAGCCAAAAGUGCAGGCUUAAAGAUUGCAUUCCUAGGGGACCUCUCCGCUGACCAGCAAUCCGGCUGCACCUUCGCACUCUCGCUCCCCGUGUCGCAUCUUGGUCUUCCCGACGACACACUUGAGGCCUGGGAAGUUGAGCGCGACAGCUACAUCGUCUUGCUCUGCAAGUACCACUCAGCCUACCCUUCCGUGGAGAACUUCAUAAAGCUUUCGCCGGGCCAUGUUUCCUCGAUGGAGUUCAGUUUUGGAAAGUGUGCGUCGUACAAACCCACGUUAGCUUCGGCCAUUACCGCAUUCAACCCCAAGUUCAACCACGUCGACGUCGACGAUGAGAGCAAGAUUACGGAGGGCACACCGUUCGUUCAGAUCCCCAUCACCAACUCGAUCGACACCUUCAUGAACAAGGAGCUGUCGUUGCUCCUGAAGUAUCGCUUAGAAUACGCCGUAUCGUGGGACAGAGCAAAAGAACUACUGGACGAGCAGGCCAAGGCAGGGCACAUGCGUGCGGAUACGAGUAUUUCAGCCCAUGGCACGGAAUACACGCCGGAUGACAAGCAGCAGGUGUCAUCAGCUGCCCGCCCUUCUCUCAACAAGGACUAUGCGCGGGGUGAGCGGGAUCAACUCAGCAUGCCAUUGAUAGCUAUGCAGUUCGCUCUGCGGUACUUUGUGAAGAGUACCCAGUAUUGUCUGGUGUGUCACCGAAAGACCGGUGCUGGAUUGACGGCAAUUAAGCCGUACGUAUGCGACGAGCCACUCUGUCUCUUCCAGUACAUGGCUCUGGGCCUCGGUCCUAGCAUCGAACACGAUAUCAUCUCUCGACCUUCUGUUGUCGAUCUGUUGGUGUCUUUCUGCGCUUACGGUUUGCACGCCAAUCGAAUUCGCGAAUUUCCCAAGGGCUUAGGUAUCUAUGUCCCGCUCUUCGGUUACGGUUCGAUGCCGAUAGCACCAGUCGGAUACAUUCAGUCGGCGACUAACACAGGAGGUGCCAACGACUUCAACGCCCAAGACGUGCCUGCAUUCGUUAUCAACCCUCCUCUGAAAGUGCAGGCCACGAUCUCGGGAAAGAAAUUCUUCCUGGAUACCAGCCAGCAAGUGAACUUCAAGCCGGGAGAUCUCAUUGUCUUGGAAAAGGCAGUUUGCGUCACUGGCAGAGUUGAGAAGCCGGAUUUGCACCAUUGUCGUGUUACAAGCGUCGGCGUCAUUCGAAACGCGGACGACAACAUUGUCGGCAGAAUGGUCGAGUUCGAUUGCCUGUUCUCCACUCUGAGACACCUACAUCAGAGUAACCCCUACGGCAUAAAUGACUCGAAUGGGCAAACAACUCCUGCUGCGGAGGACGCGGACAGCGCUGCCGCUGAAGACGAGGAAAGCGAGGCAGCGUUGUACUUCUACGAAUACGACCUCGACGACCUGCCUGUGACUCACCAACGGGAUGCUUUGCUAAGUCUGAUCCAGACCAUCCCGCCUAUUCGAUUGUUGCGAGAACACCUUCUGAGCCAUAAGAACAUCUCUCUCAAGAAGUACGACAAGAUGACCAAGUCUGCUUUGGCUUUGCUUCGAUGGAUCGUGGCGUCCAACCGCUCCUUCAUCGUCCAGCUGGACCAGAGCGACGAGUCUGCCACCAACGACAUGGCGUAUGCAUCGAAUAGAGAGCAUGAGAAGAUUUCUGGCCUUGACAGCAAUUGGUUGCAGUUCCGUUUCGCACAAGGAUCUCCUGAGAAGGAACAACGAUUCAACCAAGCGUUGGAACAGCAGAGCACCGCCCGGUAUCCCACUAUGUUCGCAUGGCACGGAAGCCCGCUUGGAAACUGGCACAGCAUCAUCAGAGCCGGCCUCGACUUCAAGGACACACUGCAUGGCCGUGCGUAUGGCCACGGCGUGUACUUCAGCAAUGCUCUUAAUGUAAGCAUAGGCUAUGCGGGAUCAUCACACAUGGCAGGUCUCUGGGUAGGAUCAGAGCUUGAAAUGUCUGGGGCGCUUAGCCUCUGCGAAAUCAUCAACCGGCCAGCCGAGUUUAAAUCAAGCCAGCCAUAUUACGUGGUUGACAAGGUCGACUGGAUCCAGUGCCGAUAUCUGGUUAUCCAGAGAAAGAGUUCCUUCAGGUACGCGGAGCCUGAAGCUGAUGGAGCACCAUCGGCGACCAAGACAGAGACGGAGUACAUCACCCAAGAUCCGCAGCGUACAGUCGCCGGAAUCAGCGCAAAGGUUCGCAUUCCCAUCGCAGCACUCCCAAAGUGGCGUCAAAAAGCGAGACCUGAAGGAUCGUCUCCUUCAAACCCGCUCGUUGUGGACGACGAUGAUCAUGACAACACCCCUGACACAACUGAUGAUUUCGACCUAUUGUUAAGCAUGAAAGGUAACACCGAUGGUACUCAGCGCACCGAGGACGACGAUGAGGAUAUCAUGAUUCUCGAGUACGAUCCCAGCAAGCUCAGCUUCAGACCAGGCACCCUGGAUGUGGCUUCGCUCCCCAUACUCCCACCUCCUACUUGGGCCACCGACAAUGGACUCAAGCUUCUCGGCAAGGAGCUCAGCAAGUUGCAAAAGCUACAAGCGAAAACUCCAUUGCACGAACUUGGCUGGUAUAUCGACUUUGAAAGCAUGAGCAAUAUGUUUCAGUGGAUUGUCGAGCUUCACAGCUUUGAACUUUCUCUUCCGCUUGCCCAGGACAUGCAGAAACACAAAGUUUCUAGCAUCGUUCUCGAGGUUCGCUUCGGCCGACAAUUCCCCCUUUCGCCGCCAUUCGUCCGCGUCAUCCGCCCCAAGUUUCUACCAUUUUCCCAGAGGGGUGGUGGACAUGUCACGGCUGGCGGCGCCUUGUGUAUGGAGCUUCUGACCAACAGCGGCUGGAGUCCAGUUAGCAGUAUCGAGAGUGUCUUGUUGCAAGUCCGCAUGGCAAUGUGCAGCCUCGAUCCUUUCCCCGCCCGCCUCCUAGGCUCCAGUGGAGACUAUGGCAUUUGGGAGGCCAUUGACGCAUACAAGCGUUCCGCGAGCGCCCACGGCUGGCAAGUGCCCCCUGAUUUGGACGUCACAGCCAAUGGGGUUUGA